AUGGUGCAGUUGGACAAGAUAAUAGAAGCCGGUCCGCCGAGUCGAAUCUCCGCGGGCGUACUGCUGGGUCGAUGUCGAAAACGGCCAACACCAUCGAAUUCGAUCAUUUUCAAGGAUCAUCUGAAGAAUUUGGUCUACAAUACAACACUUCAAGACCAUCAGAAUAUGAUGAAGAAACGUGGUCUGACCCUGAAUGCCCAUCAAACUAUAGUGGUCCGAUUGCGGUACAUCGCCGAAUAUGUCAUUCGCAGUCUGAACGAAUUUGGAUGGGCCGUCGUCGACAAUUUCUUGGGUGAUGAACAUUGCCGGUUCACAUACAAGGAAAUCAAGUGUCUCUACGAACGUGGCCUGUUCAGUGCUGGACAACUUAUGGAUGGCAAACAUAAAGAUGAAUAUCAUGUCAAGGAUAUACGGUCGGAUCAGAUUUACUGGUUCGACGGCAUCGAUCCACGAGCAAACGAUGCUGCAACAGUACGUCUUUUGGUGUCGAUGAUCGACAGUGUGAUUCAACAUUUCAAAGGGCGACUUCCACCAUACGACAUCAGCGGUCGAUCCAGAGGAGAGAAGACGUCCAAUACUGCUUUGUAUUUCCAGGCGAUGCUUGCGAUCUAUCCUGGAAAUGGUACAAGAUAUGUGAAGCACGUUGAUAAUCCAGUGAAAGACGGUCGUUGUAUCACUACAAUUUACUACUGCAAUGAAGAUUGGGAUAUCAAUAAGCAUGGAGGAACUCUUCGCCUGUAUCCAGAGACUUCAUUGAUACCUAUGGAUAUCGAUCCGAAGGCUGAUCGUCUCGUGCUUUUCUGGUCGGACAGACGUAAUCCACACGAAGUAAUGCCGGUAUUCAGACCACGGUGA